GGGUCCAAAACAACCAACAUAAUGUACUCUUUAUCGAACCAAUUUCGAUCAAAGAAGGUGAGAAGCUACUCGAACCUAUGGAGGUAGGAAAAUUCCUACACGAAGUAGAGCUAGAUCAGUUCAAUGAACUAAGACGAGCAGGACAAUAUCGAUACAAACUAAUUUACAAAAAUCCAAAAGACGCUGAAAAAAUCCUAAACUCAACACAUAUUCUCAAACAAAACAACUACAAAGCAUUCAUUCCACGAAUGUUGCUUGAAACCACAGGAAUCAUCAAACAAGUACCCACUACACUAACAGAGAAAGAAAUAUUUCAAAACACAAUUUCAGAAAAAAAGAUUUUACGAAUUGAAAGAAUUAAAAAACGAAGCGACCCAAAAGACCCGAAAUCCCAACUAACCGACACACGUACUAUAAAAAUCACUUUCGAAGGCGCUGAACUUUCCAGAACAGUCUCAAUCUACGGAGUAAUUAAAGUCCCGGAAAUGUACAUCUACCCAGUACGAAUUUGUACAAAAUGCUGGAGGUUAGGUCACAAAGACAUAGCCUGCAAAAGCAAAAAAACCUGUAUUAAAUGUGGGGAAUACGAAACAGAAAAUCACACACACGAGGACGAACAGAAGAAAAAAUGUCGAAAUUGCGGGGGGGACCACCUUCCUACUAACAAAAAUUGCCCAGAACGUAUCAGAACAGAACACAUAAACAUCGCAAUGACAGUUAACAAAAUGACCUACAAAGAAGCUGAAGAACUUUAUCCCAAAUCCAACAUAAGAACAUCAAACAAGUUUGCAUUGCUUGAGUCUACCGUUGAAUUCCCACAGUUGGAACAACCCAGUAGAACAAACUCACAAUUCAGACACAUUAAUCACACUAACCAGUCGAAAAUCGAUUACAGAACAAUUGUUAAUAAAAUUAAGAACAACACACAAGAUCAACAAAAAAAGCCCAAACCAACAAUACACAGAAAUACAUUCCCAACUACAGAGAUUUAUCCCGAACAAGUUCGAGUGAUUGAAAAUAAUCCACACAAAGUAACAGAAACAGAAAAACUACAAACUGAACAAGAAAAACUAACAAAACAGCUAAAAUACAUUUUUGAAAAAAUUACAGAUAAUAACACAGAAAAUAAAAUCGAAUCAGACGUACUGCUCAUCGAAAUAGCUUCGAUGAUACAAAACUUGAUACAAUUAACAAAUUCUCAUCAUAAAACAUGAUAAACAUCCAUAACUGCGACAAUUAUGGACAAUUGCUUUAAACAAGACCUAAAUAUAGCCCAACUAAAUAUCCAUAGCAUAAGACCCAUACAUAAAAGAGAAACAAUCAAAACUUACUUAAAAACCAAAAACAUUCACAUCUUUCUAAUUCAAGAAACUUGGCUCAAGCCAGACGAGAAAUACAAAUUUCUCAAUUACAAAUUCGCCAAAAACUGUAGACCUGAUGGCUACGGUGGUACAGGAAUACUCAUUCACCCAACACUGAUAUAUGAAGAUAUAAAUCUCACAGACAUAGACUUAGAACUAACAGCAAUAAAAAUAAAAAACACGAAACAGCCAAUAAUUUUCAUAUCAACAUAUAUUCCACCUGAUACACCGAUAUCGGAGAUCAAAGAACCGCUUGAAAAACUAUUUCACUUCAUUUCUAACAGCAACACACCAGUUUUCCUGGGUGGUGACUUAAAUGCUCAUCACCCAACCUGGGAUAACGUCUCAAAAAGAACAGACGGAAGAGGAGAAUUAAUAAGUGAACUAAUAGACAACAACAACGUAGUUAUUUUAAAUACAGGAGUAGCAACAAGAUGGGAAGACUUAAAUUGCAAUCCAUCUGCGAUAGAUUUAACCUUCACCACACCAGACAUAGCACCGCACAUACACUGGGACACAAGUACAGAAGAUUUAGGAUCAGAUCACAAGCUCAUAGAAUGUCACAUAACAUCUUACAACAAAUUUAACAACAUCUCGGCAAGAACGAUAAUAAGCAAACAAAAAGCUAUACAAAACCUUAAUCAAAUAAAUCCAAACUCAAUAACAAAUGCAGAAAAUCUAAACGAAAAAAUAAACAAUGCAUUAAACAAUGCAACAUACACCAUAUUUUCUAACAGCAAAAAACAAAUUAAACCAUACUGGAACGAUAACAUCAAAAAAUUAUAUGAGAUAAAAAAUAAAAAACAUAUUGAAUUCAGAAAUAACCUAUCCUUAGAAAAUAAACAUGAAUUCAAAAAAGCAGAAAGAAAUUUCAAAAAAGCCUUAAAAAAUGAAGUUUUUAAUUACAGGAACAAAAUGAUAGAAGAAAUAAACGAACAGACUAGUGUAAACCAAAUGUGGAAAAUCGUCAGAUGUAUUAGUGGUAACUUCAAAAACAAAGAUAACACAGAAAUAACAAACAAUAAAGAAUUAGCAACUAAAUUCAUCGAUCUCAAUUUCAAAGAAAUUAAUAACAUCGAGCCAAUAGUACAUACUAACUUCGAUGUAACAGAAGAAAAAUAUUUAGCUCCAUUAAACAUAAAACAAAUGAUUGAAAAAAUCAGACAGAAAAAAGACUCAUCAGCAGCAGGGCAAAACAAACUUUCUUACUUUCAUCUAAAAAAUAUCAAUACUAAUCUUCUAAUCAAAAUUCUUGAAAUAACAAAUAAAGUAUGGAAAGACGAAAUAAUACCCGAAGAAUGGCUAUUAGUCAAAAUAAUACCCAUUUUAAAACCAGGAAAAGACAAACUUAAAGAAUCGUCAUACAGACCAAUAGCACUAAUAAACGUAAAUUUAAAAAUUAUUAACAACGAAGUAAAACAAAGACUAAACCUAUUUAUUGAACAACAUGAACUAUUACCUAGCUUAUCAUACGGUUUUAGAGCAGGCUACUCAGCCAUAAACUGUGUAAACCAUAUAACCUCAAUAAUAACAGAAG